GCUUAUUUCUCGUUGUUCGCUUUGUGUUGCCGCAGUAUUCGCCACAAUAAAUUCCCCUUGAUUCUGUAAUUUUCUCGUUCGCUUUGCCGUAUUAUUCGCCACAAUAUUUUCGUUCAAUCGUAGUCGUUAAUAUUUUCAUGGUAGAAAAGGCAAAGCAUUCCCUAUUUGCUACUGGGAUUGUGUGCGGGAACGAAAGGCUCUUUUUUCCAGCACCUACUACUGGCUGAUAGCACUGGGUUUACAAAAACAAAAUAACGUACGAAAAUUGCGAACUGACGAAGCAAUGAGCUUGGCGUGAAUACGGCUAUUGUUGUAUUUUCGUUAAACACCAUUAUCGGUAACGUAAGAAAAUGUAACCCUGCAACAACGUUAUUUACAGCUGCUCCUCUCAAUGCGAGAAAUUAAACAAUAGAUUUGGUUAAUUUAUUUAAUUGGACGAAUAUAGUACUUGAUUUGCGAUAAGCGUAUUAUAUACCCGGAGCUUGCGUAAUCUCCCGUCAAGACGCACUUAUAAUUAUCAACAAUGGACUUCACGGACAAAGUGGUGCUAAUCACGGGAGCCAGUUCUGGCAUUGGAGCCUGUACUGCCGUAAAAUUUGCCAAAUUAGGAGCCCUGCUCGCACUGAAUGGACGUAAUGCAGAGAACCUACAAGCUGUUGCAGAACAGUGUGCCGCUGUUGGCAAAGAACCUUUCCUGGUUGUCGGAGAUAUUUCUAAGGAAGCUGACGUGAAAAAUGUUUGGCAAGAAACUUUAAAAAAAUACAACAAACUAGACGUAUUAGUCAACAAUGCUGGCAUCAUCGAAAUAGGUAGUAUUGAAAAUACCAACCUGGCACAAUACGAUCGUGUGAUGAACACAAAUCUACGUGCUGUGUAUCACCUAACAAUGUUGGCCGUUCCGGAGCUCAUUAAAUCGAAAGGAAAUAUUGUUAACGUUUCAAGCGUAAAUGGUAUACGUUCUUUUCCUGGAGUUUUGGCAUAUAAUAUCUCUAAAAUGGGCUUAGAUCAAUUUACGCGAUGUAUCGCCCUGGAACUGGCCCCAAAAGGUGUACGCGCAAACUGUGUUAAUCCUGGUGUCAUAGUGACUAAUAUACAUAAACGCGGCGGCAUGGAUGAAGAAACGUAUCAAAAGUUCUUGGAACAUUCAAAAACAACUCACGCUUUAGGUCGUGCUGGCACUGUGGAUGAAGUUGCAAAUGCUAUCGCCUUUUUAUCCAGUGACUUGGCUUCGUUCACAACUGGUACGAGUUUGUCAGUAGACGGUGGUCGACAUGCUAUGUGCCCUCGAUGAGGUGACCAAUUAUUCAGAACAAAUACAACGGCGCAUUUACAAAUGUAUAUACACUUUAUGGCUAGAUAAAUUGUUAUUUUAUGAAUAUACUUCGUUAUUUAAAAUACAAAUACUGCAUCUACUAAAUUAUCCACAAGUUAGUUUUGUAAAUUCAGAUAGAACUUUAGCUGUAUUUGCACGUUCAAAACACUCAUAGGUUAUCAAAAAUCACUCAAAUCAAAAACUAAAAACGAUGCACCGCAAAGUAAAAACAAUA